GCCCUUUGUUGGGGUGGUGUCCUUCGCCUCUUUUUGGCCCUUAGUUUCGCGGGCGUCUCGGGCGCGAUGGUUCCACCGAGCUCUCCCGAAUGGGACGGGCUGAACCAUCUUGGAGCCGUCUGGGCUCAAGCUAUGUUGGCUCAAGGCAAAUCAUACCAAACACAUUUAGAACACAUCCAGAUGUGCUAUUCAUGAUGUUUAGUUUGCUUUCAAAGUGGACGCCAUCAAAAACAUAUGGGCUUCUUUGCGGAAGUGUGGUUGCUACUUUCGGCUGCGAUUGGCACCAUGGGAGCCGCAAGUUCCACGGCCACGAGUGCUCAGAACAUCCAGAGAGCAAAAAGUCCACCGCAUCUCUUGAAUUGAGCCGACCGUUCCGCGAGGUGAAGUUUGGAGAUUCGUCGAGUCUCUUUUUCCGCAACAGCGUCAUCUUGGUUCCCGAUCUGUUCUCGAAAGAAGAGUGUGAAUCCCUGAGAGAUGCGGCGGAGGUGGGUGUCCAGAAAGGUGCCGGCCUUCUCAGGCCGGGCGCGUCGAGGGAGGACCCGUGGAAGGCGAUCCGGCGUUAUGCUGCAAAACGCGGUUUGGGAUACGUUUCGCGGCCCGAGUUACUGGAGCGAAUUCCAAUCCGCAAUCUGGACGCCGAGGUGCAAGAUCUGUCCGCGGCGCUGCUGCGGAACAGGGUUCUCCCCUUCAUCGAGAGAGAGCUCCCAGAGAUUGCGGAGACGCUUUUCGGGUCAAGGUCUGGUCUCCAGAACAUGGAUUUUUGUUUCUCGCCUGACGAGCCGGCGAUCAAUCGGUAUGUGGAAAAUGGGGAAUUUCGUGUGCACACUGAUGAUCGCAGUUUCACCGUGUACGUUUUGUUGUCUGAACCUGGUGCUUUCGCAGGGGGCGGAACUGCCUUCUGGGCUCAAGACCUCAAGCCUCAUGAGGUAGGCGACCGUGCAGCCGACAUCGUUUUGCAGCCAGGUCAAGGAGUAGGUGUUAUUUUCAAUGGGCGAGUAAGCCAUGCAGGCGGGGUCGUGACAUCUGGUAUAAGGCAUCUUUAUGUUGCCAGUUUCGAUUUGCAGCCUACUAUGUAAUUAACAACAAUCACGUUGACCAUUCCCCUCCCUGGAUCAUGACCAUGACCGCCGGGCCCUUUUUCGGCCGCAGGCUGGUAGGGCCUUGCGAGUGCGCACCGUGAUCUUGCCGUCCGCGGAUGGGGAAGAAAAGCGCACUCAUUCGUUAAGCAUUAGCCGUUGUCUGUCUCGAAAUGGCGCGACGCCCAUAGGAAAUUGAUGAAUGUGGUGCAUCGAGUACUCAAACAAACAGAACCCCGGCGAGCACUCCGCAGACGGGGAUCAGUGCAUCGUGGUGCUCAUGUCAUUGAGCAUUCGAUCCAUGGGAACCGUUAGGGUUAUGAAGGUCUGGUCUUUUCAGGCUCUUUGUGCUCCGAUAGCGGCUUGAAGGCGCCCUCAUGGCGCCUUUCACAGGCCUCCACUGGCGUGGGGCUGUCUGGCGCUGGCAUGCGCACCUCCACAGGUUGACAAGACAGCACGCGAACUCAAAGACUCACUCGGGCAGACACGUGC